AUGAUGUGGUCUGGCACUGUCAUGCUGAAAGUGUACUUUGACUUGCUUCCACCAUGUGCUCGUGAGGGUCCAGCUCCAUGUCCCCAGAUAUGUAAUCCUCCAGCUUGCGCCUGCAGAGAGGGAUUCUACAGAAAUGCUACCGGGCAAUGCGUGAAUGCCGCAAGCUGUCCUUCAAGAUGCGGUGAAAACGAGGUGUUAAAUCAGUGCGGAAAUCGUUGUGAGGGAAAAUGUGAAAAUGUUGGAAGGGGCCCCGUCCCGUGCCCUCUAAUAUGCGAUCCACCAGCUUGUGCAUGCAGGGAUGGCUUUUAUAGGAACGCUCAAGGGAGAUGUGUGAGCGCCAGUAACUGUCCUCAGACGUGCGGUCCCAACGAGUCGUUGAACCAGUGCGGAAAUCGUUGUGAGGGAAAAUGUGAGAAUGUAGGAAGGUCCACCUUCUUUACUGAACCUACCAAAUCUCAAAAUCUUGCCCAAGAAAUGGAAGAAGUAUGA